AUGUCCCGCCGACUGGCUGCAUUGAGCGAAGAAGGACUCGAGUCAGGCGGCCGAAGUGCUCGUAGAGCCGUGGAAGAAGCCGGCUUUGACGAAAGCCUUAAGCAGGACCUACUCGAGCGGAUUGCUACAGCUUCUUUCCGAAACGAACACGCCGGUGCCAUAUCCCAGGCAGAAAUGCCCAGCAGUGCAAGUCGUCACAGCAGAGAUGUAGCUGGCGCGACUCCGUGGUCUGGCACCGAGAGCGUGCAUGAUGCAUCGCUUCGCAUGCUCAACGAUUCCUACAAGCCUCCGAAGCCCGUUCGUGUAUCUUCAGGAGGAGCGUCUCGCGGACCUCCAAGCAAGAUCGACACCGGUAGACCAAAGAACGCUCCGUCUUCGGGGAUGCGGCUGGCGAAUGCACGCGACAAGACAUCAAUCUAUGCCGAAAUGAAGGAGCUGCCCGAUGACGAACGAGAAAAGUUUCGCAAAGAGUUGAAGGAACGCUUCACGCCCACCGCGCGCUCUGCACCCGUGACGCUGAAAGGUUUGGAGUCUCUUGCCAAUGAGCGCAUAGAGGAUGCAAUUGCUCGAGGAAAAUUCAAGAAUUUGCCCAGAGGAAAGGCUAUCGAGCGUGACUACAAUGCUAGCAGUCCUUUUAUCAACACCACCGAGUACAUGCUCAACCGUAUGAUCCAGCGACAAGACAUUGUGCCCCCCUGGAUCGAAAAGCAACAAGAUAUCGUCAGCAGUUCCAAUCGCUUCAGAGCUCGUCUGCGUGCCGAUUGGCGGAGACAUGUUGCGAGGUCUAUCGCCAGCAGAGGAGGAUCUCUGGAAAGCCAACUGGUACUCGCUGAAGAAUACGCACGCGCAGAAGCCAUUGAAAACCCGCCUGCAAAGAAACGCACCGAGAAGAUCAACACCAUCGACAAAGCCGGUCAUCUGACUCAAAUGAAGGUAGAUGGCGAGAUUAAAGCAUCUGGCACUGCAACCACCAAAGAUGCGCAGCAUAUCACAAUCACCGAGACUCCCAUAGACGAGGCGGCGCAGCCGUUGUCGAAAGAGAGUGAGCUACAGGUAUCCGUCGACGCACCUCUGGAAACUGUAGUAGAAGAACCAAAGGCUCCUGCACCAAAAGUCGCACCAUUUAGGGAUGCAGAUUGGCUACGCACCGAGAGAGCUUACCAUCAAGCCGCCAUCGACAACCUCAACCAGCUGACACGCUCAUACAACCUCAUGUGUCCAGCUCUGGCCCAGCGACCUUACUUUUUCCUGGACCGCGAGUUGAAUGCAUGUUAUGCGGAAGUCGCGCCUCAAGUAGCCGGCGCUAUUCAGGAGCGUGCUGUGGCACCGAAGCCAAGGUUUGAAAAUACUUCUAGCAAUAGCCCUGGUAGGAUUCUGGGCAAUCUGGCUGGCCCUGCUAGUAAGGUGUAUGACGAACAGCGUCCGCAGUUUGGCUUCCGAGAUCUUUGGAGGGAGUGGUUCAGCAAAAAGUAG